AUGGAAUAGAACGACUCAAUCGAUAAUUUGUAAGAAGCUUCCAUCCAUUAAUCUUUACUCUAUAGAGAAUAAUUCUAAUAAUAAAUAGCUUAGAACCAAUUGUACAACCUUGGUGUUGAUAAUUAUGGAUGGUCACCAGCUUUUGCAGAUUAUAAGCAGAUCUUGGAGUAACUAAAGACUAAUGAUGAUAUGCUGAUUUAUGAGGCAAUGACAAACUUGAGCAAUUAACUCUCCAUCGCACAAGAGAAUACCCUGACAACCUUCCCUUUAGACCAAUAUAUUCCAGUGCUUAUUGAGAUUUUAAAGAAGCCAGUGGAGAUGUUUGUCAUUUAAUGUCUUACGAAUCUUAUGGAUAUCUUUCCUACUUUGUGUGGAAAUAUUGUCAAUCAUGGAACUGUCAACUGUAUCGCAGAUUUGCUUGAGAGGUGCAUGGGAUUCAUUGACUUAAACGAGGCUUGUAUAAAAUGUUUGGAGAAAAUAUCUAUGGAGAAUCCCUAUGCAAUUCUGACAAGUGGCACUAUUGCUUUAUGUCUAAACAUGAUGGACUUCUUCGAGAUAGGAACUCAAAAGCGAAUUCUCAAUCUCAUUCUUAAUGUCAGCAGGCACUCAGCAUCUGAAUAAGAUUUGAGUCAGCAUGUGUUACCCCUAUUGCCAUAUUUAAGUAUGCUUUUACACUCAAGAGGUGAUCAUGCCUAGUCUAAGAUUGAGAUAGUUUCUCAUAUAGUUUAGAGAGUUUGUGAGAGUUUGAUGAGAUUUAUCAAUCCCUUAACUAAUUUUGAGAGGUUUUCAGUUUAAUUUGAACAGAUCGGAGAAACAGGCAUCAUUGAUGGUCUUUUGUAAAAAUUACAAGAAUACUGUGUCUCUGACGAAAUGAUGAAUGUUGAUUCAGGUUUAAUCUAAUAAUCUUCAGAGAGUAGCAAAUUAAGUACACUGACUAUUUAGUACAUCCUUAAAGUACUCACCUUGAGCACAAGAUAUUCACUCAAUCUCACAAAGUUGAUAGUUGGUUUUGAUAUCUUCAGACUUAUUGAAGUAUUCUUGCCCUCAUCAGAAGAUUUGAAAAAGAUUCACUUUAACUCAGACAAAUUUCCCUUCAUAAUGGAGACUAUCUAACUUUUGGAUGCUUUAUUCCCAGAGAGAGAAGAUGCCCUUCAAGGGGAAAACGAGAAAGCGAGAUUGGCUUAAGAAUAACUUAAGAAGGAGUUUUUUAUCACUAAGGAACAACAAAAAGUGCUUUUCAUUGCUGAGCGAAUCCUGCCAAGAAUUUUCAAUGUUUACGAAAAUAAUAUCCAGAUUCAAAUCAGGAAUAAGACCCUUCAGAUUAUAGAUAAAAUGAUCUCACUCUUUAGUGAUGAGCUAUUGAAUAAUUUCAUUGAACCCUAUUCAUUUGCUAAGUUCAUUUAUUCCAAUAUGAGAGGCAACAAUGUAGUCUCAAUUAAAAUCUGCUUACAAAUGAUAGAAAAACUAAUGAGGAGUAACCCUUAAACCUAUACUUUACCUUUGAUGAGAGAGGGAGUUACUAACAUCAUUAAAAAGUUGUCAACUAAAGAAGCUAUUGAAAAGACAUUUUAAAUAGAUAUUAAUGAGAACGAGAAGUCUAAAGAGACUACGACUCUUGAAAAAUCUGAGGAAUUUCUGGUUAAAGCGAGAAUGGCUAUUCUGUAAAAAUCUGAAACUUAAGAUAAGGAGGCAUAACUAUAAUUUGAAUAAACCAUUCAAAAAUAUCUUGAGGCUAGCAAGUAAAAUACUUUGAGCUAACCAAAUAAGAUCCAAGUAGACUCAGCAAAGCAAAUACUUUCAUUAUCAUAGCCACUAAUGACUAAAUAUUUCGACAAUGCUGAAUUCUCUGAGCAACUUAAUGAAUGGUAUGGAGAGGAAUUCAAAGUUAUAAACAUGCUGAAAAAUUUGUCUAAGGACAUUAUUGAAGAGGCUAAAUCAGAGGUAUUUAACUUUGAAAAAAUAAAAGGUUUGAUUAAGUAAGUAGCUGAAUGCUUAUCAAGCAAAAGACAUAUCAUGACUUAUGAAUUCAAAGAAUCUGGCUUAUUGGAAGCCUUGGACCUAUUAUUGACUCACAGUCCUAAGCAGGCUUAAUUAAAGCUGGAAAAGGAUAAAUUAGGGGAAGAGAUGAAACAUUCAGAAGAAAUGAUGAUGAGCCAAAUGACGAAAAACUCAUAAAGUAUUAGUAAGAAAGAAUCGAGGAGCUUCAUUCAACGAUUGAAGGUGUUUGCACAUAUUAUGUUGAGCAAUAUAAAUGACAAAAAACCCAUCUAAGAAUUAGUAAAUUUAUGUCAUGAGCUUUUAUCUUAAAGUGAAUACCAAAUUUUUGAAAAUCAACUUGCUAAUGAAAACCCUACAGCACCUCCAGGAGGAGUUUUUGGAUUAGGAAAUUCUGGCGAAGAUCCAAACUAAUCUGUUCACGCCUUGAGACAAUUAACUAAAAGAAUAAGAGUAAAUCUUGUAUAUGAUCCUAAAAAGUCUUUCCUACAAACUGUAAAAUCCCGCACCUCUUCAAAAGAUAGCUAAGGUUUAAUUGAGCCUCCACAAAACAUAGUGUAAAAAUCAAGCAGCCAUCAUCCAGCUUUUAUGUAAUUAGGUGGGGCACCAAAAUGUUAUGAAGAGUAAUUCUCAAAAGUAUUUGUUAAGAGAAAUUUCUUGUUUACAGAACUUUAAUAAGUUCUCAUAUCAGUAGAAUAAUGUGCUAAUCUGCAUUUAUUGGAGGAUUUCCUCAGAAACAAAAUUAGAAAUUUAGAUGAUGUCAAGGCGCUAAAAACUCCAGCUUCUUUCUAUUCUGGUCUCAAGAAAGGAUCAGGGUAAGGCAGUUCUUAAAUUAGAUAAAUCAUUGAAAGAGCCUUAGAUAGAAUGAGAGACUUAAUGGAAAGUGGUGGAAGCAGAGAAAAACUAAGAUAAGAUGGCGAGGAAUUCGCGAAUAGACUCUCAGACGAAAUUAUAGAGAACAAAGACCUUACCGAAUAAGAGUAAGUGGAGACAAUUAGACUAUUAGAGCAUUCAACUCUUCAGAUGAUGGAUGAAUUUUAUGCAGAUUAAGAGGCAUAAUAUGAUGACAUGAUGAGGGAUGAAGGUCUUGAUGGCGGGGAGGAAGAGGACAAUAAUAUUGGUGAAAAAAUGUAUGAAUUUUAAAGAAUGACUGAACUUCUCAAGCAAUUCUAUAAGGUAAAAUAGGAAUAAAAAAAGGAUUAGAAAUUGGUCCUUGAAAAAUAACCAAAUAUUAAUGAAAAAGGAGAAUAAUCAGCAUUAGGAGGUAGUGCCGAUAGUGAAAUGAAGUAAGAAGAUUUUGACACGAUAGAAGAGGAACUUAAGAAAUUAUAAGAAAAGCACGAACUUGUUUUGCUAUAAGAGGAAGAAAAAAAGACUGAAUCCCAAUAAGAAUAAAAUAAGAGAGAGGAUGUUGAGAUGACUGAUGAGGAAGAAGAUGAAUAGAAAAAGAUUUUGGAAUAAUUAGAAAGGUCAAGAUAACAGCAAUAAGAGUCAAGGGUUUAAAGGGAAGUAGAGUUAUCAAUCUAGGACGAGGGUUCAGAAAAACUAAAAGAGACAAUUAAUAUGGAUUUGGAUGACUUAAUAAAAGCAACAGGGGAUGAUAUCGAAUUUGAGUUUUACUAUCAAGGUUAAUUAGUCAGCUAGAGCUAAACAAUCUUUGAAAUUCUUAAAACAGCAGAGUAGAGAUAACUCAAGCAAUCUACAAUUGAUGCUUUUGCUUCUCAUUCAUUUGGAAACUAUUCAUAAAAAGAAACUGGAAACAUUUACUUCUUAAUUAAAGAUAAAAAAGAUGAACUCCAAAUGCAGAGGAAAGAUUCCCUAUUGGAUUUCGCUCAAAGACGAGAUAGAACUAAAAGUGAAGCUGUUAAUGAUAUAUCUGUUUCUGCAGUAAACUCAAUCGUACAAUAGCUUAUUGAUAAAGAAUUCCAAGUGUUUUCAAAAGAUCAAUAAAUACAAUUAAAUAAUAAAGAGAGGUAGCAAGAGAUUAUACAGCUUGAGUAAGCUCUGAAGAUUCUCAAAGUAUUGAAUUUCGUUUGCAGAAAUAUUCAGUUACUGUCAAACCAGGGAAUCAAGUUUAUAAUAAAUUCUUACGAUGACGAGGAAUAAAAAGAUGAAAUGUUCACAGACUUGAAUCUUUAGAUUGGUGUGACUCAACUUAAUGCUAACUUAUUCCAUCACCAUAAAUUAGACUCGUACAUUCUUAAGAAUAUUUAAGACCCUUAUAAUCUCAUAGGAGGAGGAAUUAGUGAAACACUAUAAUAAAUUUUCAGAAACUGUCCUUUCUUAUUCCCAUUCUAGACUAGAUAACUGUUCUUCAAGCUAAUUUCAUUUAUUGGAUCUAUUGAUAUGAAUAGAAGUAUUUACUUCUUGAGAUAGUUCCUAAAGAAUAAACUAGGAAAAUUACCACCUGAGGACAAGAAUACAGCUGUUAAAUUCUAAAAGUAAAAAGUCAUAGUAGAUAGAACCAAGAUCAUUGAAUCAGCUUUCAGCCUAGUAAAGCAGAUAUAGAAAAGAGCAUUCUUAGAAAUUCAAUAUAAAGAAGAGGCUGGUACUGGACUUGGACCAACUUUAGAGUUUUAUUGUUUACUUGCAAAUGAGAUAAAGCUAGCUGAAGCUACUAUAGGUGGUUAAAGAUAGAGUAUUUGGAGGAAAGGUAUGGAGGAUAACAGUUUAUACCCCUCACCUCUUAGCGUUCAUACAAUGAAAACUGAAGAAUUGCAAAAAAUUUAUGAAAUAUUCAGAAUGAUUGGUAUUAUGCUAGCAAAAAGUAUCAGUGAUGACAGAUUAAUUGAUCUACCAAUUUCUUCAUUAUACUGGGAUUUGCUACUUGGAAAGAAAAUGAACAUAUUUGAUCUAGAGAGAAUCGAUAAAGACUUAUUUAAGAUAUUUGCUGAACUCCAAAUGCUUGCUAAUAAAAAGAGAGAUAUGGACAAAUAAGUAUUCAUAGAUCAAGAAUCAAAGAAUAGAUAACUUAAUACUCUAAGAACAUCUUAAGGUGCUAGAAUAGAAGAUUUAGGCUUGACUUUCACUGUUCCAGGAUAUGAUAAUAUAGAACUAAAGUAGAAUGGAAGAUAAACAGAUGUCAAUCUAAAUAAUUUAUAGGAGUAUGUAGAUCUUGUACUUCAUUUCAUGUUCCAUGAGACUGUUAAAGUUUAGAUUUAAUCUUUUAAGAAAGGUUUUAACUCAGUAUUCCCAAUCGAUACAUUAAAACCAUUCUCGAGUAACUUGGAACUUGAAGAUAUGAUAUGUGGGGUACAAAGAAAUGACGAGGAUUGGAUAAACACAUAAAAGUUAUUGGAGAACGUAAUUCCAGCUCAUGGGUAUCAUUCAAAGUCAACAGAGUAUCUCUCUCUGAUUCGAUUCAUUAGUGAGCUCAGCCAUGAUGAGAGAAGAAAAUUCCUCAAGUUUGUUACAGGGAGCCCAAGAUUACCAAAUGGUGGAUUUUCAUCACUUGACCCUAAGUUAACAGUUGUCUUAAAAAGACCUUUGAAUCCAAAGGAAAAUCCAGAUGAUAUCUUACCAUCAGUGAUGACCUGCUAAAAUUAUAUCAAGCUUCCAAGCUACAGCUCCUAUGAAAAGCUGAAGGAGAGAUUUGAGUUUGCUUAUAAUGAAGGUACAAAUAACUUCACUUUAAGCUGA